CCUUUCUUCACUCUCAAUGGAAAAAGAUUAUUCAAAAAUAAUUAAAUAAAUAAAUAACACUAACAAAAUCUUAGACAAAGUCGGUAAUCAAAUGACUAACAAAGUCAUGCUUUUUCACCAUUGACUAUGGCAACAUGUUUCAACUUUCAUCAACCAAAACAACCCAAACAACAAUACCAAUACCAAAACCAAGAUCAAUGUUCGAGCCUUUAGCACAAAACUCAAAUGGGUUAGUUUAGUUUCAGAAAACUCUCACAUAACAAGUCCAAGCUCAUAAAAUGAACUCCUUUCAUUUCCUCCUGCUACUUUCAUUUUUUCAAUUUCUUGCACUUCUUAUUAGUCCAAAAUUAGUUCAUGGAAAUGCAGAGCUAAGAGCUCUCAUGGACCUGAAAUCCUCUCUAGACCCAGAAGGCAAGGUUCUUGGUUCAUGGAGAAGUGAUGGUGAUCCAUGCACUGAUUCCUUCUUAGGUGUUGCUUGCAACCAGCACCGAAAAGUGGCCAACAUAUCGUUGGCCGGAAGGGGUCUUUCUGGCAUGGUUUCUCCUUCGGUGGCUGAACUUAAGUGCUUGUCUGGUUUAUAUCUUCAUUACAACAUCAUUUUCGGCGAGAUACCAAUAGAGAUUUCGAAUCUCACUGAAUUGGUUGAUCUCUAUCUCAAUGUAAAUAACCUAUCUGGUAGCAUUCCAAAGGAGAUUGGAAAAAUGACUAGCCUACAAGUGCUUCAGUUAGGCUUUAACCAGCUAGUUGGGAGCAUACCGAAGGAGAUCGGUUCAUUGAAGCAGCUUAAUGUUCUGGCUUUGCAACAUAACAGAUUAACUGGUAUGAUUCCUCCAAGCUUGGGGAACCUAGAAAUGCUAAGGAGGCUAAAUUUGAGCUUCAACAACCUCAAUGGUGUAAUUCCUGCAACAUUAGCUGAUAUUGCACACUUGGAAGUUCUAGAUGUUCAAAACAAUUCUCUAUCAGGAGUUGUCCCUUCUGCAUUGAGGAAACUUGAUAAAGGAUUUCAAUAUGCAAACAAUCAAGGUCUGUGCGCCAUGGGGUUUCGGUUUCCGACCUUGAGAGCUUGCAACAAAGAUAGUAUAUAUGAUAGCCAGAUUAGUGUCCCAAAUAUACCAAUAAACAGUUCUUAUCCAAAAGCUUUCCCUGACUCUGCCACUAUCAAGUUUCAUUGUAACCAGACUCAAUGCUCAAAAUCAAGAAGAUUUCCUCAAGCUGUCAUUGCAGCAAGUGUUAUAACCGCCACAAUCACACUAAUAGGUUCUGGGUUUGUCACAUUUGUCAGAUAUCGCCGGAGAAAGCAGAGGAUCCUGCAUACGUCGGAUUCUUCUGUAAGCCAACUUAGCCCUGUCCAACCUAUGGUCUACACAAGAAGUCCAUCUCCACUUGUUAAUCUUGAGUAUUACAACAAUGGAUUGGAUCCACUUGCUGAUGGUAAAAAUUGCAGUGGAUUAUCCCAUGAAUAUCUAAACAAGUUUAGGUUCAAUGUGGACGAGAUUGAAUCAGCAACACAAUAUCUUUCAGAGGCCAAUUUAUUGGGUAAGAGCAAAUUCUCUGCCGUCUACAAAGGAGUUCUCAGAGAUGGUUCUCCUGUGGCCAUCAGAAGUAUUAAUGUGACAUGCUGCAUACCUGAGGAAGUUGAAUUCUUGAAGGGAUUGAGCCUGCUAACCUCACUGAGACAUGAAAACAUUGUAAAGAUGAGAGGUUUUUGUUGCUCAAGUAGUAGAGGUGAAUGUUACCUUGUCUACGAUUUUGUAACCGGUGGCAUUCUCUCUAUAUAUCUUGAUAUGGAAGAUGGAAGUGAAAAUGUACUUGAGUGGUCUAAGAGGGUUUCCAUCAUCAAGGGCAUUGCAAAAGGUCUUGGAUAUCUGCACAGCAAUGAAGCAAGCAAACCUACAAUAGUUCACCAAAAUAUUUCAGUUGAAAAAGUUCUUCUUGACAAUCAGUUUAACCCAUUGAUCAUGGAUGCCGGGCUCCCCAAGCUUCUAGCAGAUGACAUUGUUUUCUCGGCACUGAAAGUUAGUGCUGCCAUGGGAUACCUAGCUCCUGAAUACAUUACCACUGGACGCUUCACCGAGAAGAGCGACGUUUAUGCAUUCGGUGUCAUUGUUCUCCAAGUUCUGUCUGGGAAGACAACAGUAGGGUGUUCAAUUAGAAUGGCAGUUGAGUCUUUCAGAUUUGAUGAUUUUGUGGACACAAAUUUAAAGGGAAAAUAUUCGAAAGCAGAAGCAGCAAUUCUUUCAAAGAUUGCAGUGAUGUGCACUCAUGAGCUUUCUGAGCAAAGGCCAAACAUGGUGGAGGUGAUUCGGGAACUAAGCAUGUAUUCUUCUUAUUCUUCAUGAUCUACAACUUUCAGUGGGUAUCCUAAGUUCUUAACACAUUUGAUUCAUCCAUGACCAUGGUUUUCUUUAGCAUAUUCACUGAAUUAUCCAUUGCUAAAUUGUUGUGAACUUCAACGGAAUCAUGCUACUUCAUUUCUGCACACAACUGAAAUUGUUGAAGGAUGUUGCUUUAUUGAAAAUCAAAUAGCUUCCAGAUAAUGAAAUAAAUUGUUAAUAAUCUCGUUGUAAG